CCGGCAUCUCUCCUUUUCCUUUCUUAAUAUGGCGAAUGAGCUCUUAGGCCAGCAUGGGGACCAGGGCUGAGGUGCCCCAGACACUGGAGGAGGGGGAGGGAAGGAGCCCCUGGGAGCCUGGUGGGGAAGCGUAGGAGGUGGGAGGAUUCCAGCCCUCAUGGAGCUGUCCUGGCCUCAGAAGGUUAUCCAUCUCUCUUGCCAACCACAGAGACGUAUUUAGACAGGACCAGGUGGGGACUGAGGGGUGCCAAUUUCAGGGGGCAGCUCCGGUUCCCUCCCCGCCCCCUGCUCCUAUUCCUCCUCCUGACCCUUUUUCCCUUGGCUCUGUCGGCAGUUUCUCCAGGACUCAGCACUGUCCUCUGCCCACCGCUCUGGGCCAUUCCCCAAACCCCCCUCCCACUCGCACCCCUAACUCAGAAUCUGGGACCCAGGGGCCCCUCCCUACCCCAGCUAACCUCUCCUGGACCAGGAGAGCCGACCCAGCUCCCACUACCUCCACGAGUGCCACAGACAGGAUGGGGGCCAGAGCUGUGCCGGGUCUGCGGCUGGCACUGCUUUUGCUGCUGGUGCUAGGGACGCCCAAGUCAGGGGUACAGGGGGAGGAAGGGCUGGACUUCCCUGAGUACGAUGGUGUGGACCGUGUGGUCAAUGUCAAUGCAAAGAACUACAAGAAUGUGUUCAAGAAGUAUGAGGUGCUGGCCCUCCUCUACCAUGAGCCCCCCGAGGAUGACAAGGCCUCGCAAAGACAAUUUGAGAUGGAGGAGCUGAUCCUGGAGUUAGCAGCCCAAGUCCUGGAAGACAAGGGCGUUGGCUUCGGGCUGGUAGACUCCGAGAAGGACGCAGCUGUGGCCAAGAAAUUAGGCCUAACUGAAGUGGACAGCGUGUACGUGUUCAAGGGAGAUGAAGUCAUUGAGUACGAUGGCGAGUUUUCUGCUGACACCCUCGUGGAGUUUCUGCUUGAUGUCCUAGAGGACCCUGUGGAAUUGAUUGAAGGUGAUCGAGAGCUCCAGGCAUUUGAGAAUAUUGAGGAUGAGAUCAAACUCAUUGGCUACUUCAAGAGCAAAGACUCAGAGCAUUACAAAGCCUUCGAGGAUGCAGCUGAGGAGUUUCAUCCCUACAUCCCCUUCUUCGCCACCUUCGACAGCAAGGUGGCAAAGAAGCUGACCCUGAAGCUGAACGAGAUUGAUUUCUAUGAGGCUUUCAUGGACGAGCCUGUGACCAUCCCAGACAAGCCCAAUAGCGAAGAGGAGAUUGUCAGCUUCGUGGAGGAGCACAGGAGAUCAACCCUGAGAAAACUGAAGCCUGAGAGUAUGUAUGAGACCUGGGAGGAUGAUAUGGAUGGAAUCCACAUUGUGGCCUUCGCAGAGGAAGCCGAUCCCGAUGGCUUCGAGUUCUUAGAGACUCUCAAGGCGGUGGCCCAAGAAAACACUGAAAACCCUGAUCUUAGUAUCAUCUGGAUUGACCCUGAUGACUUCCCCCUGCUCGUCCCAUACUGGGAGAAGACGUUUGACAUCGACUUGUCAGCCCCACAGAUAGGAGUCGUCAAUGUUACUGAUGCGGAUAGCAUAUGGAUGGAGAUGGACAACGAGGAGGACCUGCCUUCUGCUGAGGAGCUGGAGGACUGGCUGGAGGACGUGCUAGAGGGCGAGAUCAACACAGAGGACGAUGACGACGAUGACGACGACGAUGAUGACUAGUCACUGAGGCAACCAUCUUUCAGCCCCACUGAUCUUUUCAUGCUCUCUCCUGCCUUCCCUUGUCCUUCCUGAGUUCCUCCAAGGACACUAGGUUAUUCUCUGCCAUUGAGCUAACUGAGGUCUAUGCACUGGGUGCUGAGACCCCGAUCCCCCUCCUUUGAUGAGGAAACGAGCUACUUUUCCCUAGACACCAGCCCAGCUCUCUCUCAUCUGACUUCUGUUUCUUAUCCCAUAACUUACGUUCAUCUAUUAUGUGUCUCUUCCAUCACUCUACCUACUCUUUCUUGUGAUUCUCCUUUAGCCCUAUAUAUGUUCUGUUCCCUCCAUCUAUGCACAGCCUUCCCUCACUCUUCUACUCCUGUGUCUUUGGACAGUCCUGUCCCUGGCCGGAAGGAAGGGAGGAUACUUUGUUUGGGACUGUAUCUCAGCAAUCACUUGUUAAUGUAUUUGGGUCAGAUGAGAGGCCUCAAUAAAGACAUCUGGGGCAGCAUGAACAA